CGAUGCGCCGUUGGGAUCCACGAUGGCACCUGCUAGCGUAAACAGCGUGGACGAAAGUGGAAUGGAAACUGAGAAUAAUAUACUAUAUGAACUUCUAACGUACUCUGAAUGGCAGCAGGAACCUGAAAAACUGAGCCGAGCAGUUGUCGAGAAGUCAGACGAUGCUAAGGGAUCAGGAUUUUGGGGCUGGCUUGGACUGCUGGCCACAUCGAUGUCCAGUAUACCGCCCGCAGUUCAAAGACUUCGCUCCUUCCACAUGGAAUGGCAUUUUGUCGUUGGAGGAGACGGCAAAGUUCUGGCCAUUCUGCAAGACCAGUGUGUGGAGAUUAGGUCCUCAAGGGAUGAGUAUGCAACUGUCAUUGGGCGUGGAAUUGUUUCCCGGGAUCCCAUGCCUCAGUGGAGACGCAUCGCAUGGUCUCCCGACUGCAGCUUCCUGGCCGUCGCCCUGAGCACUGGCCGAGUAGAGUUCUUUGACACUGUGGGCAGCACCCUCUUCCACAUCCCAGAGCCAGUGGUGCAGAUUGAAGGUGUUCUACAUGACAUCAGUUAUGCCAUGGCUGGCAUACUCUUCACUGAAGCUCGAGUGCACAAGACUCAGUGGUCGUACGAGUUCAUAACAGUCAACUACCGGGGCGAGCUUAAAAGCUACCUGCUCAGCCCAUCUGAUGGCUACCGAGACAACCACAGCCUGAGCCUGGCAUCCUUCUACUCGAAGGGAGUGACCAGCAUCCAAUACCACCCCUCUCACCAGGUCCUCUUUGUGGCAGGCCGCUCACCGGUGCCCCAGGCAAAUGGCAGUAGUGGUAACCACGGCUCAGCCCUGGAAUUCGGCAUCACGGCCUGGCGGUUUCUGUCGGACUAUCCCCACUACAAGCUGGUCACAACACUUAGUGAUGACAUGCUGCGCAUGAACCCACGGCGGUUUUUGAAGAAGGUGAGCUUCUACUACAAGCAGUCUGAGGAUACAGUGUACCAGCUCAGCAUAUCCCCAUCAGGAACCAAAAUGGCCGCUGCUCAUACCUCAGGAGCACUUUCUGUCUGGACUGUCCCUUCCCUUACAAGGAUCAGCCUCUGGCAGCUUGAAGACAUGCCCAAGUUUGACCACCUGAACCCUCAGGCACACAAGCUGAACAAACGCCGCUACUUUUCACUUCAUCCAGAGUCAGCGCACCUCACCAUUUGUGACAUGAACUGGUGGUCUGAUGACUGCCUGAUUUUGGCUCAUCACUCGGGUGCUGUCAAGGUGGUCUCUCUCUUGUCUCGGCGAAACCUUCUGGGUGACAGCCCAGAGUGGUUUGAGUUCUCACCACAGGUGUCUGGACUCUUUGAUCGGGGGUUUCUUGCCUUUGAGUGCGAGUGGCUGUUUGCAGGGGUCAGGACACCUGUGGACGCAAUCGAUGGUGGCGAGAGCAGUGAUGAGGAGACUUUGCCUCCUUCACUGGCAAGCAAAGCGGGCAGUGUGGUUCGGCAUGCCCUUUACUACGUGACUGACAGUGAACGAUUUGCACCGCCCAGAAAAAAGCCCAUAAUUAUCACUAAGCUCUAUCGGCUGCUCUAUGUGAAGUCAACUACACCGGAAGAACUCUUCGCAGCAAAAAUAGAUGCAGAAGAAUAUGGAGAAGCUCUGGAUUUGGCUCGAACUUAUGGAUUGGACAGUGACCUCGUCUACCAGCGUCAGUGGCGCAAGUCGUCAGCAUCUGUAGCAGCUAUCCAGGAUUACUUGAGCAAGAUCAAUAAGUGCACCUGGGUGCUGCAUGAGUGUCUGGAAAGGGUUCCCGAAAGCCUGGAGGCAGCUCGCCGGCUGCUGGAGUUUGGGCUCCAGGGCACGGAUGUGGAGGCCCUUGUUGCUUGUGGGCAGGGCACAGAUGGUGGAAGGUUCAUACUAAGUGAGCCUCCUGUCUACAACAAUGAAUAUGAGGACAAGGACCUCACCGAGCAUCAGCUUUCAGAGAAGCAGAAAGUGGCCAAGCAGGAGUGGAGAAAGGAGUGGCUCGCGAAGGUGGACUUUGCCAAUCUCUCUCUAGAUCAGCGGUGGCUCUGCGAAUGCCGCUUGAAACUCCUUGUGUACCUAGACAGGCUGGCCAUGUAUGAGAUCCAGGAAGGACUGUCUCUGUCUCCUGAGAAGUUCGACGCCGACUUCUUCGAGAGCUUUCGAUGCCAGCCACCCCUUGAGGCUGCCCUGUCAUUUGCACAGGAAGGGAAUGCCACGGCAGUGUCAACGUUGUUCACCUACGCUGGCAUGGCCACUCUGCCUCACUGGCUAACCGUCGUGAGCAACUUCCCAGAGACCCUGCCCCCGUCUCAUUAUUCCACCUGCCUGCCCAAGGCCAGGAUCACGGAACAAGGCGCACGAGAAGUGAUCUCAUGGGACACACAAGACCUCAGGGAGAAGGACUGGUGUGAGGAAAUGAUUCAAGAGGCACCAAUGGUUGCUGUGUGGAAUUCAUUUGACAAAGACUUCUAUGAUGACAACCCUUCAUUACAAAAGUGGUGGACGGAAGAGCCAACUUGCGAGAUGCUGACGCAGUGGUAUUCGGAACGAGCUCACGAAAUUGAAGAGAUGAGUUUCCUGGUUGAGAAUGCCUUGGAGCUGGUCAAGAUUGGGUGCCUGAACAAUGUCGAGGGACUAGGCAAGCUCUAUGGUGACCUCCUUACCCUAGAGACGCUUGUGUAUGAGUGUCGCAUCAGCCAGUCAUUGACUCUUGCUCAGCUGGAGGAAAUUUCGGAUGGCGAGAAGAUCAGGCUUCUGAUGAGCAUGAGCUCAGACAAGAAGUACGUGCUCUGCUUCCGAGAUUGGCUGCUGCCAUUUGUGAAUCGGUGUGAGCGAGCUUCACCCGGCAGCCGUCGCCGUCUGCUGGGAGAAUUCCUCUCAGAGACAGCGAAAGAAGACUUGUUGCCCUGCGUCCAGGUCUUUGAGAACUCCAACCUUGAGGAUCCGGAGCGAAUAUUGCAAGAUGCUCACGAACUUGCGGAACUGGCCUUGUCUUGCAUUCGUAGCUGCCAAAGAGAGGACCAAUUGGACUACAUUGAGAGGAUCAUAAAAUGUGUUCCACAGCGAGGGGCAAGUGGUGAAAAUGAAAGCGAGGAGCUGAAGCGGCUACAUGACGAACUGGAUGCUCUUGAAAGCUGCAUUGAGGUUGCACAGUGUUUUCAGCGUUAUGGUGCCAAGGUCUGCGUUAAGACGAUCGCUGACAGUGCCAGCGAUGUGAAGCAGCUUGAGCUCCUGUUGAAGAAAGUCACAUCUGCAGCGCUAAAGAGAUCACCUCCACUGACAGAAAAUGACUGGAGCUCUUUCUUGGACGACAUAUUGCAAUUUCAGAAGAACGUCUUCAGCAAUAUCACAGUGCCUGACUGUGUCAAGAUUGUGGCAAAUGCCUUGCUUGGGUCGGGGAAUCGCGAGUUUAUUGGGUCAGCAUCAAAACUGCUGACCUGUCACCAAGAAGGCACAUCUUCCAAGCUGAGGCACCCAAACAGCUUGCCAUACAAGACCUCAGUGGACCUGGUUCUCUCUGCUGCCAGGGAGUAUGUCGAUUCUGCAGCGUCGCACUCAGAUUCCUGCAUUCCGCUUGCCAGGGCGUGCUUGCAGAUUUUGGACAGCAGACUUCCUGAAGUGAAGGCAGAGUUGGACUUUCUGUCAGCAUUGCCUUUGCUGAGCCAGUUCAAGGUUGCUGCUCUCCCUGUUCAAGCACGACACUGUGAUAAGAUGGAGCUGGUCAGGGAGGCUCUACAGCAGACACCAAAUGCCUACAAACAGUCAAGCAAGGUGCUCAAGCUGGCGGAACUCUUGCACCUGUACGGCGAGGACACUGCAAGGCGUGAAGGGGCUGUUCUCUCUCUACUUGCAAAUGUUGCCUUUGAGGAUGCAGACUACAAGCACUGCUAUGAGGUUUGCCAGAAGCUGAUGGCCGGGUACCAUUCAGAAGGUUGGAAGAUCUGCCAGAACCUUGGAGAGUGCACCGAAUUUACUGAUCUUGCAGCUCGGCAGAAGCUGCUUGCGUUCUCCCUCUGCUACUGUCCGGACACUGCAGUGGACAGCCUGCUGAAGGCCACUCAGAUGCUGGAACUGCAGGAGAUCUACCAACAGCUGGACCUUCCUCAGGAGGAGCUGCCCAGCAGCACCAACAGAGAAUCUGCACAGCCACCCGACAACAAGGUUGUGUCUUCAUGGGGCUCCGGAGACUCUGUGAAGUCAGAGGGGAGCCAAGAAAAUUCCUGGGGCUUCGUAGGCUUCACGGCAGGAAAAACUCGCUCCAUGCUGACAACCCUGGGCAGUGCUGACUUUUGGAAAAGUACCGUAAGGAAUCUGACUAACGUCAAGCGCCAGAAGCCAGUUCAGAGAACUGCAUCCACGGUGCGCUCCAACUGCGACCUCAAGCAGUUUGCUGUCCCAGCUAUCUACGAGUCUGUUUUCAGAGAUGCUUAUGUGAGCAAGUACAGUCCGUCCUAUGAGAAGUCAGACAGCCCCAACUGGAGUCCCGUGUUGGUGGAUCUCUUCAAUGUUCUUAGGGCGUCCAUGAUAGCAGAAGCCAUUGAUGACAAGUCACCUUCUGCGCAGUGCUCAUAUGAAAGCCGCAGCUCCAUCCUGCUCGGUUUGGCCAAGGGCCUUUUGCCAGAUGACACACUUUUGGCAAUGUGCUGCUUGUUUGGUGUGCAACAUCUGGACCAGGUGGAAGAGUUCUUCCUCAACUUGCCAAGCACACCUGUAGUCCUGAGCGUGGCUUCCUACUUCUUUUCGCUCUUGGUCCUCGUCACCCUCGAUCCAGCUGACACAGAUCGGCUGCUUUCCCUCGAUGCCCAGCAGGUGGUACAAGAGGUUUCAAGCAAGAGCCAUGACGCCCUUACCGAUGGUGCACACAUUUGCGCAACGAUUGCCUCGAGGUUUUGCCAAAUGCAGGCAGACCUGGCUCAAGCCGAGCUGCUGAAAAAGCAGGGCGGAAGCAUUGAUGUGGAGCGUUUUACUGAGGACAAUCGCUACAAGGCAGAAACAAUCCUUGGGAUGGCUCUCACACUGGACCAGGAAGCCUUGGAAGCAGCUGUCUCCCUAGGAAGGCGCUAUGACAUUCCCGCAUGGGAUAUUUAUAUAUGCCAUUUGGAAUUUCUAUUUUCUGAAGGAUGCGACGUGGCUGAUAUUGAACAGCGCCUUCUCACUGGCGGCAUGCUGGAAGCCCUACUUUCCAGCCCCGAGUCCCUCAGGGAACAGCUAUUUAGCCGCAUCUACCCAUCACUCAAUGGAUCUGACCAUGAGGUCAUGAGGUUUUUCUACAAGCUGCUUGAUAUCUGUGGUCGCACUGUCACCGACAACUUGGGUCUCAAACCAUCCGACCACCUCAUGCUCCUGGAGAGGCUUCAGUCAGCAUGCCCUCAAAUAGACUACAAGGCCUUACUCGAGCCAGGACAUUCACCUCUUGUCGUCCUGAGUCCAUUUGUGAACAAAGACACAGUUCAGGCCAUUUCAGAAUUGGCUCCCAGCAUUCCCUGCCACGAUGGCAGCCACCUGACGUCCUCCUCAAUUUAUUGCACAUGGGCUUCCAAACUUUUCCUGUCGAAGGGAGGAGAAACAGUGCUAACAACGACUGAGUGGACAAAGCACUUUGACAAAUGCCGGGGAUACCUUGAGAACCUGUCUCCAUCCGAUCUUGUGACGUUUGCAGAAUCAGUCGCAUUUGACAAGGUGUCGCUUGAACGCGUGAGCCGACGAAUACGUCUGGAUGUGGUGAGACAGUGUCUAAAACUUGCGAAGCAAUAUCAAAUCGAGAAAACAUCCAAAAUAGGAUCUGAGAAGGAGUGGAAUGAUGCAGCAAAGACCCUCCAGAGCUACCUGUCACACUUGCAGAGGAUAGUGGAUGGAGUAUUGGACGAAGCUGUCGACCCUAGCAAUCCUGUGGUCCAGAGCUAUGCAAUUGAGUUUGAACUUUCCCGUGGCAUUCCAACAAAAUUGGAAGCCAUGCUGCUUCGUUGUGCCAUGUCAGAAGCCAAGCCCGGGCUGCUUCAGUCCCUGCUGUCCUGCUGCCCACCAAACACGGUGGACAAGCAACCCACAGAUAUCUAUUCAGAUGCCAUCUUGCUCGCUUCAGAACAACUCAGAAACCCAGAAAAGAAGUUGCACAAUGUGUUCGAUGUGAUGACGCCUGAGGAAGUUUUGGAACGUAUUCUUCGACAAGUGCUUGAAGAAAGUGAAGACAUGUUUGUCGGUGACAUGGUCCUUGACUUGCUGCGCCCCUUCUGCCUGGACAGCAGUGUUGCUAUCCAUGUGCGCCUCAAAGUGCUGGAGAUACUCGAGAAGAAUGUUUCACUAAGCACCGACGACGAGAAUCUCCUGCUGCUCUUGCAAGUACAGACACUAAUUUGGUCUGAAUGGCCGGACUAUGAGCUUGACGAAUGCACUGAACUGGACUGUGACACGAGGCAGGCCAUGUUUGAUGAACUCCUUCAGCGCUGCAGCACACUAUCAGGCUUUGUCGUCCUCGGAAAGCUCCUGCAGUGCGGUGACCCCCUGGAUUCCACAUCAGAAUUAGACCCAGAAAAGAAUCCCUGGACUCGGCUGAUAUACAAUAUGCUUUUGGUUUGUGACAAGACAUCGGACCUGGAUGCAGCUGAAAGCCUGUUCUUAGCUGCCAUCAAGAAUUGUAACCUCAAUUUAGAAUGUUGCCAUUAUAUUUUCUGCGAGUUCACGAAGAAGAACAGCCUGAUUCACAUAGUUAGAGCAUUUCUUCAAACUGAUUAUUCACAGCUCCAUAAGGAUGCAAUUGCUUUCCUCCGGCAUGUUGAUAAGGUUUCGGAACACGACUACGACGAGACUGUGUUGAACAGGAUUUUGCAGCUGAGGCUGCUUCCAGAUGUGGUGUCAACGGCGCUAUACCAGCCAGUCGUAGACCACCUGAUUGCUAAUCAAGGCUCCGCGGAGAAGCACUUCAGUGUCGAAGAAGCCACCAGGAGCCUUACCAAUGCUAAUAUGCUGGCAGAAGCUGGCACGCUAUUACUACAGUCGUCACGCACACACCCCGCUGUAUGCACCUUCAACGCAGCUGUGAACGCUGCGAGGCGGUUUCUUCGAGGGACGACCAGUGAACCUUAGUGAAUUGUACAUUUUGCUAGAAGCAAUGGACUAUUCUUAAAUAUACAUUGAUGCUGCGACCAGCAGUUAUUUUUAUUUA